CAGGGGCUGAAGGCCUUCAAUUUUGUGCUUUAGGGUGGGUAGAAACUAUUGUCAGCCAUUAAUUGAAGUCUCUUAAUGACUGCGUCAGAAGGAAACAACAGAAAAAACAAACUUCAAAACCCCUCCGCGCUUUCUCUCUAGAAACUUUGUGAGUCGGUGGCGCUCAUCUCGCCCACCAUGGGCGCUUUUGCCCGGAGCUCGUCUCCGAUCUGAGGUCUUGUGCCUAUCCUUUCCCUUUAUUGUCUUUCCCUUUAUGUUGUUUGUCUCCCUGUUUCGUCUUCUCCUUGGUCUAUUCCUCAAGACCCAAACCCCCCAAAUUUCCAGAUUUCUUCUUCUUCCUCUUAAACCGGUUGUUGUCCCUGCGGGUCGCCCUCUCCCUUAGAUCCCUUUGUGGAUCUCACCUCCCUCUCUCUUCAACUAGUUUUUCUGGUUGAUCUAUUAGCAGAAGAUGUUCUCCGAUUCGGAGAUGGUUUGAGAUUUGAGUUUCUUGUCUUUGAAUCCGGAUUGCUCUUGGUUCGCUGUUUGAUCGGAACUACGAUGGGUCUGCUUGGUUUAGGCCCUUUUGCCUUUCUUUGGUGGUGCCUUCUAAGAUUUCUCUAUCAUCCUGGUGAUCAUUUGUUUAUAGUGAGGAUUCAUCAUGGGGGUAGGUUUUAUAGCAAUGGAGGUAUUAAUAGGCAAUACAAGGGGGCCGAAGGAGUAGCGCAUGUGGAUGGGGUUGACCCAGAUAAAAUCUCGGUUACUGGGUUUAACUACUGGGCAUAUGACCUAGGUUAUACUCACGGUCCUAUAAUGUACUGGUAUAGGAUCCCAGGGAGUGAACCAGGAACUGGCUACCUCCCAGUUGUGACUGAUGCAGAUGCUAUGGAUAUGCUGCAAUUUAUCCCUUCUAGAGAUAGGAUUUUGGAUGUGUACUUUGUGUGUUUAGCUGGAAUGAGGCAUUUUCAGGAUUGGGAGUUAGAUAAUUUUGAUGAUGAGGUGGAGCACCUGCUGUACCUUGGGCAUUUCAUUAAAGAUUUGCCUUUAUCAGCACUUGAAGAGGAACAAUUGGGUCCUGUUGGUGAAGAUGCAGACCAGGGUGGAAGUGAUGUUGAGGACCAUGUAAUAGGCCAAGAUGGGGGAAAUGGAGGUCCAAGUAAUGCUCCAACUGAUGGGCCAAGAAGUGGGGCAAGUAGGCCAACUCAUGUGCCAAGAAAUGCUCCUAGGAGGCAAGUAUCCAGAAGAAGACCAACUGUUGGGAUUAAUAUCAGGGAGCCUUCUGCAUUAGUUCAGGGUUCUCAAGCAUCAGUCCAAGUUUCAGGUUUAACUACAAACUCAGCAAAGGAAAAAGGAAAGCAAAAGUUGGAUGAGGUGGGAAAGAAGAAGGGCAAGAAACCUAAGAAGACAGCGGCAAGGCGAUAUGAAACCAGGGGAGGUGGGGAGUGCUCAUAUGCUGCACCUGAAGAUGAUGGAUGGAGUUCUGAAACAACAGAUUCUGAUGAUCCCAACUAUGAUGGGUUUGUGGACAGUGAUUAUGAACUCUUUGAUGAAGAAGAUGAAGUGUCGUUUGAAAAAAAUGUUGAUGGUGACCUAAGUAAGGUGGCUGAAUGGGAGGAGAUGGGGUUCGAAGGUAACAUUAGUGAUGCAGAGGCGGAUGACUCAAAUGGCUUUCCAAGUAUUGGAAACCUAUUCCCAAUAGACAUAGAAACCAUUACCAAGUAGGAUUAUGUAAGCAGGUAGGAAACAAUCAAAAACUCCUCUUUGAUCAAGGAUUAACAAAUCCUUAUCCUAUGUGGAAUCGGAUCCACACACCCAACACUGAUCACCUUCGUCACUCUUCAAAUCGCACAACACUGGAUUCGAUUAUCAAUCACCUCACCUCGAGACACGAACCAUAACAGACCCGGGAGCAUAAACCAUGCAAAACUUUGAGAAGUUUGCAACUCUAAACUAUCUCAUGCACGGUCCAAAGCUUGAUCAUUCAAGAUUUCAAGACUUCAAUGAGAUCAAAAGUGUCCUCAUCAUGCUAUUUG